AUUGGUUGAGGGGAAAGUGGGCGGGUCACCGAGGAACCUGAGGAAGAGGGCGACUGCUGUUCUGGUGACUGAGCGGAGCCCGGUGACAGGAUGGCUGGGCACAGAUUGGUGUUGGUAUUAGGAGAUCUGCACAUCCCACAUCGGUGCAACAGUUUACCUGCUAAAUUCAAAAAACUCCUGGUACCAGGAAAGAUUCAGCACAUUCUCUGCACUGGAAACCUUUGCACCAAGGAGAGUUAUGACUAUCUCAAGACUCUGGCUGGUGAUGUUCACAUUGUGAGAGGAGACUUUGAUGAGAAUCUGAAUUAUCCAGAACAGAAAGUUGUGACUGUGGGACAGUUCAAAAUUGGUCUGAUCCAUGGACAUCAAGUUAUUCCGUGGGGAGAUAUGGCCAGCUUAGCCCUGUUGCAGAGACAGUUUGAUGUGGACAUUCUUAUCUCAGGGCACACACACAAAUUUGAAGCAUUUGAGCAUGAAAAUAAAUUCUACAUUAACCCAGGUUCUGCCACUGGCGCUUAUAAUGCCUUAGAAACAAAUAUUAUUCCUUCAUUUGUGUUGAUGGAUAUCCAGGCAUCUACAGUGGUCACUUACGUCUAUCAGCUAAUUGGAGAUGAUGUGAAAGUAGAACGAAUUGAAUACAAAAAAUCUUAAAGCCAUGCCUGUUCAUGAUUUUGUGGGUUUUUUUUUUUUCAUUCCUUUGUUUAAGUAAUUAAAUGCUUAAGAGCCACACAGUUGUAUUAACUUCUGUAAUAUUUUGCAGUAAGAAAUGUCUUCUUUGUUUAUACGUAAGUGCUCUGAGCUUCUUGUAAACUAUAAGAAUAUAUUUGCAGUAUAUAGUUUCUAUGAAAAAAAAGAGUCCACGACACAGUAGAUAGUCAUGUGUUUAGAAAAAUUUAUCCUUGACAAUAUCUUCAAAGUUAGUAUUUGGACUUUAUUGCAAAGGUAGUGCAUGAAGAGAAAGAAUUUAGACUUUCUGUAUACAUUUUUCUCUUCUCUAGUAAUAAAUGUUUACCUUUCAUUUAUACUUUUUUGAUAAUCUGUGUUUAAUUUUUUAAAAAACAAAAAAAUGAAAGACCAAAUGAAACCGCAAAAUUUAAGUAUUAAAGGGGUAGUUGAGAUGACCUCUCA